CCACGUAAGAUACCGUUUACCUUGCAACAUUAGUUUAUUUCCUCGUCGCAAUGACUCUGCUCCAAGGUCUGAUAAGCAGCUUCGUUAAAGCUUUGCAUUUCAGAUCGCUUUUUCUAACCCAAUAUAACCAAGCACUUGUUGAGCCUCAAAUAUUGUUUCUCGGAUAUUACGAUGUCAGAAUCUACCUACCAACUCCAAACAUUUGGGGAGGCAGGAGAUGAUGGUGCAGAACAAUCGAAGGACGACAAGGCUUCCGUCCAAGUCUCCUUCAGAGACGACGAGGAAGCUCCCUAUACAGAUGGCCAGACUGUACCAUUGAACGACGACGAAACUACACCACUUAGGGAUGACGAGAAUGCAAAUUUGACUAAGGAUGAUACUCAGCCAUCUAUCUUCACCCGAAUGGGAAGGGCUUUCAGUACAGCUUUGUUUUAUAUCCCAAUGCCUUCGUUCAAGUUGCUUGCUCUCUGGGGAAUUUGCGCCGGCCUGCUAAAAUUACACCUGGAUUUACUUCACAGAUGGCCUCAGGGCGACUAUGGAAUCGGCGUGUUGAAGGAGAGCAUGGAUUGUGGCUCGCAUGGAGCCGCCUACAUGGCUUUCGCUGUCCAACUUCCUACGAAUAUUCUCGCCACAUUCCUAGCUACUGCCCUCGGAAGUGCAAGGGCUAGCAUGGCAAUCGAUGCUGCAAGGCUUGCAGAUUCCGGUAUGCUAGUUCUUGCUAUACCUUUGUAUAUUCUCCAGAUUGUUCCUCUAUUAAUGACCAUACCUACGCAUCUCCUUUACAACAGCUUGAUAUUCCGAAGCACCUCAGCGUAUGAUUCUUACGAAGUGCUUGUCUCGGACUCCUUCCUGCAUCAGAACAGCACACCAUUUGACUUAUCCAUAUUGCCGUUGCAUCCAACAAGUGGCCAUGUUAAUCCUCUUCGGAAUGACUACAAUAUGAUGCCCCCAGGACUGAACAGUCUGACGGAUUCCAUCAUGCAGCUACGAACAGCUUUAGUUUCGAACCACAGUCAUGCCGAAUGGGAGAACUUGACCUUCUCAAGUUGUCAGAACAGAUACAAAGACGGAACUUACGAAUCAUUCUCAAAUGUCGUCCUGAUAUCGAAUUACACCUCUCCUUCCACUGCUAAUAACUCGGCUUUGGAACUCACAGUCCUUUCCGGCCAGGCAGGUCCACGGCACCAAACAGCACAAAAACUAGUCUCUCUGUGUCCCGAAAGCUUCUUGUCCACUCACAACUCAACCGAGCCCGAAUGGAAAUAUGUUCCCAGUAAGGCAAGCGGUCUUUUCGAUGCAUAUGCCCCCAAGAAUUUCCCCGUCAAAGACCAGAACGUCUUCGUCAAAUCGUGUUUCAGCCAGGAUGUUCCACAGAAGUGCAGACUGCUCUACAGUCCUUUGGUCCUCAGAGUCGCCACCGUAUGCCUUAUGGUCACUGUGGGCUGCAUGACGUUUGCCGCUCUCUUCUGUGGGUGGACCCUGCGAAAGAGCGCAGACUUGGAGAAGUUCGAGGAGAUGGUGAGCAUGUCGUCCGAGACCCAAACGGGAGUAUUCUUCGGCGGAGCUAUCUUGGCCUUUACAGCUUUUGUGAUUCAGCUCUUUGUCAUGGCAUUUUCCGCCGCUGCCCAGCGAGAACCAAGUGGGAAAAGUGAUCAACGUUGGCUUCUCAAUGUAAGUCCAGAUACUAAUAUUCCCAGACGGCCGAUGAAGUAUCCUUUUCACAGGAUUGAGGACCAUCAACACUGACACAUUGACAGGCCUUUUGUGUCAUCAACGUUGUCCAGCUCAUCGAAACCAUUUGCGAGACCUUUGUUUUAAUGAAGAUGAAGCAGUCGAUAUUAAACACUCCGACGAGCAUACUCUGGCAUUGGUUCUUGUCAGGGGUGUUUUCGAUGCAACUGAGUGAUCGAUUUAUGCUUACUUCUUCAUUGCCGAGCACCACUAUUCUUCCAGUCGCGAAUCUAACAUCGCUUUGGUUCAAACCCUUCUUCAAGUGGCUCCUGAUAAUUGGCCUCUCAAUCCCUUUCUUUCCAGAAGUAGCUCUUGUCCUUGUUGUUGUCUUUUGCUGCUUUCCGUUCGCCGUUCGUUUAGGCUUGGUAUCGUUGGUGAUGAACCUGGACGAUUAGA